CUAACGCGAACAGCUGUGUCUGCGAGAGCGAGGGGGAGAAUCCUCUCACCACUCCUCCGUCGCCUCCUCUCCCCUCCUUCCUGCGCUCGCCUCCCCGGGAAACCUCCGCUGCCAGCUGAGCCAGGGCUCCCCGGCGCCGCUGGGGCUCUCGGGAUGAGGAGGAUCAGGGCUAAUGCCAUCGCGAUCCUGACCGUCGCCUGGAUCCUGGGCACUUUCUAUUACUUAUGGCAGGACAACAAGCCUCAUUCAGCAGCAUCCAGCAGAUCCCCCAGCAGCAGCAGCACCAGGAACGGGCAAAGACCAGCCGGGAGGCUGGAGAUCCACCGGGAAGACAGGACCAUCCCCCUCGUUAUGACAAGGGCUCCCCCAGGAGAGAAGAGCAGCUGGAGGGGUUUUGACGAAAAGGCGUACUUGUCUUCAAAGCUGCUGAAGGCCGGAGAAGACCCCUACCGCCAACAUGCUUUUAAUCAGCUAGAGAGCGACAAACUCAGCAGCGAUCGGCCCAUUCGGGACACCAGGCAUUACAGGUGUGCCUCUGUACGCUACGACACAGACUUGCCAGCUACGAGCCUCAUCAUCACCUUCCACAAUGAGGCUCGCUCCACCCUGCUACGCACGGUGAAAAGCGUCCUGAACCGCACCCCUCCCGGUCUCAUCCAGGAGAUCAUUUUGGUAGACGACUUCAGCUCAGAUCCUGAGGACUGCCAACUCCUUACCAAGAUCCCCAAAGUCAAGUGUCUACGCAACACUCGGCGAGAAGGGCUGAUUCGCUCUCGGGUGCGAGGAGCUGACAUAGCCACUGCCGACAUUCUCACCUUCUUGGACAGUCACUGUGAAGUCAACAGCGAGUGGCUGCAGCCGAUGCUUCAGAGAGUGAAAGAGGACUAUACCCGAGUGGUGAGUCCGAUCAUUGAUGUUAUCAGCCUGGAUAAUUUUGCGUACCUGGCAGCAUCAGCAGAUCUGAGGGGAGGAUUUGACUGGAGCCUUCACUUUAAGUGGGAGCAGAUUCCUAUAGAGCAGAAGAUGUCCAGAACAGACCCAACUCAGUCUAUAAGAACCCCUGUCAUAGCAGGAGGCAUCUUUGUGAUCGACAAGUCUUGGUUUAACCACCUGGGAAAAUAUGAUACUCAGAUGGACAUCUGGGGAGGAGAGAAUUUUGAGCUCUCUUUCCGAGUAUGGAUGUGUGGUGGCAGCUUGGAGAUCGUUCCCUGCAGUCGAGUGGGACAUGUGUUCAGGAAGCGCCAUCCCUAUGACUUUCCUGAGGGCAAUGCAUUAACUUAUAUCAAGAAUACCAAGCGCACAGCGGAGGUGUGGAUGGAUGAAUACAAGCAGUACUAUUAUGAGGCUAGGCCAUCUGCCAUUGGCAAGUCAUUUGGAAGCAUUGCAGAGCGAGUGGAGCAGCGCCGCAAACUGAACUGUAAAUCCUUCCAGUGGUAUCUGGAGAACGUCUACCCAGAGCUCAAGGUUCCUGAAAAGGAGCUGAUUCCAGGGAUAAUUAAACAAGGGGGAAAUUGCCUGGAGUCUCAGGCACAGGAUACGACAGGGAACAUGUUGGCUGACAUGGGAAACUGUAAAGGGACGGUGCACAAUCCACCUGUCACUCAGGAGUGGAUAUUCAGUGACCCGCUAAUUAGACAGCAAGACAAGUGUCUUUCCAUUACCUCCUUCUCCACUGGCUCUCAAAUCACACUGGAAGCCUGCAAUCAGAAGGACGGCAGACAGAAGUGGAAGAUGAAAGGUGGUUUCAUUCAACACUUUGUCAGUGGUCUCUGCCUGGAAAACCAAGCUGGAAGAGUGGUGACCAACCCUUGCCAAGCAGAUGUAGCUGGCCAACAGUGGGAGUUGCUACAAGCCACAUGAUGGUAUCACAGAGACAUCCUUGUUUCUUUGUGCAUGAGACUUUGGGAAUGGAAGGUGAUUAGGAAGGGAGGAUUAGUAUGUCUAACCCUAAAUGUUUUCAUCAUGCCCAUCAGCGAGCCACCAUUUCAGCUGAGCACUUCGUGUUUUUGAGCUUUUCAAAGAAGAAGCUGGGGGUAAGAGAGGGUGAGGAGUGUUGUUGAAAUCAGCCCACCUGAUUUCAGUUCUCUGUAACUGAUGUUUGUGCACAACAGCAUACAGAGUGAGGAAAGGACCCAAUACAACACUGAGAGUGACGUGAACUGCCUUGUAGCUCUCCUUAUCCAUUCCUUUCUCUACAUACUGAGCCCAUGACCUUCAGUCCAACAACUUAGAUGAUAAUUGUGCAAGUAUUUGGUAGCUCUUUAGCUUCUCUAGUUUUUGCUCCACCAUCAUGCAUCAUUUAUGCGUGUAUGUGCUGGUGUGUUGCAGUAAGGACUGACCAGCAGAAGAGUCAUCACGGUUAGUGAAGGGGCUAGGAGGGGAUUAGCAGACCCUUGAGGCAGGACUGUAAUUUCUUUGUGGUAGGCCUGUUCGUUCCUCUCCCUGCAGAAGCUGCUCUGCAACCUAAUGGGCCAAGACUGGGAAAUGGGGCCCAAAUCUGACAAAACGACUGGGAAAGGGAUGAUCUGUUCUAGCAGCACAGCCAGAGUUUGUUUGGGGUGGGGGGGGCUACUCCCUACUGAGUUGCUAUUCCCUGUUUUCUAUGGGUAGGAGGCCAGUGCUACCUCGGUGAGCCCCGCUGGACCCUGCCUGAGGCACUGGCCUGAGGAAGGAGCACGUAUAACUUCCCCCUUGCUCGGAGGAAGACAGGGAGGAAAACAAGGGCAACCCCUGUGUCAUCACAGGGUUCUCGCUACUGGCCAGGCUGAAGCACAGCCCUGUCACUGCUCCACGUCUGAGUGUGUGUGAACCUGGCCAGCGUGACAAGCCACCUGAUCCUUCUGCUUAGUUGCUUUCCCCAACCUGAGAAAGGAGGCUAAAAGGCCUGGGGCUGCUCCACUUGUGAAGCUUCACUCUUCUCCCUGGGGUCAGCUUGAGAAAGUUAGUUGGUGAAGUUGAAACUGCUGUUUGCCUCUCCUGGAGAUGAAUAUUUGUACACUGCACGAAUACUGCCAAGGUGUGAUGUCUCCUUUGUGUUCUGGGGAUGUCGAGGGUGACUGAUAUGUCUAGCUAACAUGCCAUUUCUGCUUCCAGUGACCAGCUAGCUGUAACUGAGUUUGGGUUUUUAGACAUGUCAGGGGAAGUUUACCUAUUCAAAGAAAGAAAAAAUCCCCACAAUGUUAGCUUCUCCUACUAGAUCUGUUGAACUUUCCUAUUGGAGCUAGGUUUGUGAACCAACACCUCUCCUCAAGAGCUUGGCAGAGGACCAUGCGGUUUGGCUACCUUCAGCAGACUAUUACUUGCCUGGGUCCCUUCUACUCUGGUGUAAGAGAGACAGAGGAUGCUCAUUUGGAUUCUGAACAACUGGCUGCUUUUGAUCAUGUUUGUAUCACUGCUUAAUUCUUCCUCCCAACUUGUUAUUAGCCCAAACAGCUGACAAAAGAACAGAUACUGUUCUUCGUAUGCACAUUUGUAUAUGCUCAGGAGUGGUUGUGUGAGAACUGGAGGAUUUGUUGUUGGCUCUUUCUUAUUUUAAAGAAAUUGGUCUUUUAUCCAGUUAGGUGGCAGGAGCUCAUUUCCUGUUUCCCCCUUCACUUUGACAGCGGCUCACCAUCUUAACGCUCUGAUUAACCAAAUGAACAACAGGCCAGCCCAGUGAAAACUCAGGAGGCAAUUCCCUUCAUCCCCAUGCUUACAGCUGCAUGGAGCAGCUAUACUUGUGUGUGGGAGGAAGGGCACUGACCCUGCAGAGACUUCUCCUCUUUCCCUGCAGAGAUGCUUAGAGAAGCUUCAACAGCUGACAUCGCAGCUUAGAGAAAUGAGAAAGACAAGAGAAAGAAAAUAGCCUAGGAAAGGGAAGAGAGUAGGGCAGACAGCCCCCUCAGGGAGAGAGAGAUGCCAUCUUAUCAGUAAUAGCUUUUUUUAGACAAGAAGAUGCAGGAGAUGCUCAUUAAGUCAAAUUCUUACAUACCUGGCUAGAAAAAAUUUGAAGAAAAUACAGACAAAAGACCAGUGAGUAGGUUCUGUAUAUAAUCUCUGCAGACAAUAAAAUGCUUAAGGAUUACAUAUUUUCAUCAAAACGCAUCCAGGGGGACUACCUAAGCUUCCCCUGUUUCACUUCCCAGCAGGCCAAGGGUUGCAGCUAACAGCCUGUUCCCUCCUUCGCCAGGUACUGCUUCCUUCCUUCUUGCUCCCACUGUGUAUGUCCAGCUUUCUUGCUGUUCCUCCUCCAUAAUCAUAAUGGGACCAGGACCCAACUCCUCUACAAACAUAUUUCUUGACUGCUGUAGAUAACAGGAACCCUGCUUAUGUACAGUCUCCAAGCUCUGAGUCAGCCCUGGGUCAAAGGGCUGGCUACUGCCCUUGGCUUUGUGCUUGGCUCCUAUGUGGGAGGUUACUGACUGCUCCCAGAGCAGAGGCACCUAGACUAACAUUUGUGUAUUUGUGCCUCUGUCAGCACUGUUCACCACCUGGCAUCUGUCUGGAGCUGUGAGCUAGGGCAGCUGAAGAUUGGACACCCUCCUUGUUCAGGUGCCAUAGUCUGGGGAGAGAAGGGUAAAGGAGGGCAGAUGCUAGAAGUCAGUAAUUUAAACUGCCCCUUCCAGUUAAGAGCUAGCGGAGCCAUAAAUCUACCCAGCUCUGAACAUGUGAUCCUGAGGGACUUCCCCCCUGCUGUACUCUACUCCUCACCAGACCUUCCUGCAGGUCCAGUGCAGACCUUUCCACACACCUUCAUAUAGAGGCCAUUGGUUUCCUCAGGGUUUUAGUGACUGCUGAAAACAAGAGGCAUUACAAAAGGCUGCUUUCAAGUAUGGGCAAACUAAACUGUUUUGUAGAGGGCUCCAGAAAGAAAACUCUUUCAAGUUUUCCUUGAAAUAGAACUACCUGAGCCUUCAAAUUUGGCCCAAAGCUUUUUUUCUUUAACAUUCAGAACGAACAGCUGCUCAUUCUUGUUUUCCUUACUUUAAAUGGACUCCUAGACUGUGAAGACAGAGCAUUCACAUUGGUAAUGUCCAUUAAGAAAGCUGUUACUAUAGCAGAACAUCCACUAUAAUUUCAUGUGCUAUGUGGGGACUGAUGGGGAGGUUAUUGAAGAGGAACCAAAAUUACUGUUGUACAGAAAUCAAUCUCAAAGGGUUUAUUUUCCCCACUCUGUUGUAAAUUGUACUUUGCCAGAUGUAAUUUAUGUGGAACCCAGAUUUGUUUUCCCUUUUCUUGAAGAAAGCAUGUGCCAGACUCUGUUUAAUGCCUGGAAUAAAAUCUAAUUUGAAACAAG